GUUUCAUGUGUGUUCGUGUUGAUGUUGUCGGUCAAGCCGCUACGUGGUUGUACGUUCCACUAAAUAUUGAAAGUAAACCGUACUGUAUUGCCGUGACGUCCACCUUUUGCCGAUCACUCUUAUGGUUCCUGACGUUAAAUACGUGUCGUUUUACCACUGAUGUUCUUUAAUAAUUAAAGCCAAAAGACUGUUACGAACACAUCUAUCACAAUGGGUUUUAAAUUUUUAGAAGUAAUUAAACCUUUCUGCAGUAUAUUGCCAGAAAUUGCUAAACCUGAACGAAAAAUUCAAUUCAGAGAAAAAGUAUUAUGGACUGCUAUUACUUUAUUUAUUUUUUUGGUGUGCUGUCAAAUACCUUUGUUUGGAAUUAUGAGUUCAGACUCGGCAGAUCCAUUUUACUGGAUUCGUGUAAUUUUGGCUUCAAAUCGAGGUACUUUAAUGGAACUUGGAAUUUCACCAAUUGUUACUUCUGGACUUAUUAUGCAAUUGUUAGCUGGUGCUAAAAUUAUUGAAGUUGGUGAUACUCCUAAAGAUCGUGCAUUAUUUAAUGGAGCACAAAAACUGUUUGGUAUGGUUAUUACUGUUGGACAAGCAAUUGUUUAUGUAAUGACUGGUAUGUAUGGUGAUCCCAGUGAAAUUGGAGCUGGUGUAUGCUUGUUAAUUAUCAUUCAGUUGUUUGUGGCUGGAUUAAUUGUCUUAUUAUUGGACGAACUCUUACAAAAAGGAUAUGGGUUAGGUUCUGGAAUAUCACUUUUCAUUGCUACCAAUAUUUGUGAAACAAUAGUCUGGAAAGCUUUCAGUCCAACUACUGUUAACACAGGCCGAGGUACUGAAUUUGAAGGAGCUGUUAUUGCCUUGUUUCAUUUAUUGGCUACAAGACAGGAUAAAGUUAGAGCACUUAGGGAAGCAUUUUAUAGACAAAACUUACCAAAUUUGAUGAAUUUAUUAGCAACUGUAUUGGUGUUUGCUAUCGUAAUAUAUUUCCAAGGUUUCCGAGUUGAUCUACCAAUUAAGUCUGCCAGAUAUCGUGGACAAUAUAGCAGCUAUCCAAUCAAGUUGUUUUAUACAUCUAACAUUCCUAUCAUUUUACAAUCUGCUUUAGUAUCAAAUUUAUAUGUUAUAUCUCAGAUGUUGGCUGUAAAAUUCCAUGGUAACAUAUUAGUCAAUUUAUUGGGUGUAUGGGCUGAUGUUGGUGGUGGUGGACCGGCUCGAGCAUACCCAGUUGGUGGCUUGUGUUAUUAUUUAUCUCCACCUGAAAAUCUAUCUCAUAUUGCGGAAGAUCCUAUUCAUGCUAUUCUUUAUAUUGUAUUUAUGUUGGGAUCAUGUGCAUUCUUUUCCAAAACUUGGAUUGAAGUCUCUGGAUCAUCGGCUAAAGAUGUUGCGAAACAAUUAAAAGAACAACAAAUGGUUAUGCGGGGUCACAGGGACAACUCUAUGAUUCAUGAAUUGAAUCGUUAUAUACCUACUGCUGCAGCAUUUGGAGGGCUUUGUAUUGGUGCGUUAUCUGUCCUUGCUGAUUUCAUGGGUGCCAUUGGAUCGGGAACUGGAAUCCUGUUAGCUGUUACUAUUAUAUACCAGUAUUUUGAAAUAUUUGUUAAAGAACAGAGUGAAAUGGGUGGUAUGAGCACCUUAUUGUUCUAAAAUGUUAAAACAUUAUCUAACAGUUUAUGAAAUUGUUGAAUAAAUCAUCGAGUCCCUAUGGGACAGAACUGUUGUUGUCAUGGUCUGUGCCUGACUCAAAUUUAAAUUAUACUGAAAAUAAUUUUAUUUUUAGAAAUAAAAAUUUACUGAUAAAUUGA